CCUGGUAUCGUCUCGUGACAGUAACAUUACCUUUCGUCGACUAUUAUUUAUUUCCGCCACUUUCAAGAUAUUUGACAUCUGCUUGCUUAUGCAAGGUAGUGGUCUCAAGCAACCAUAUUCCCUCGGAAAGUCCUUGAUUUCAAUCGAGUGACCAUAUCACGUGAAUAACAGCUUCCGUGCGUGUCACGUUCAAGAAAAGUGUCACAAGAUUUCUCUCACAGAAGAUUGAAUAACUAUAGCAACUUAUUGCAUAAGUAAGUUUGAACCGCAACUUGAAAGAGCCCCAUUGGUUUCGGAGUUCAAUUCAAACAUGAGAGACCUCCAAGAGGAAGGAUAUCGCCCCGCACCAACGGAAAGCUCGCCUUUGCUACAAAGUGGGGCAACUAGAACGACCUUGACAGGCGCUAGAAAGAGCGACAAGAAACUCGAUGCGGAUAAACUCGUCAGAACUAAGGAGACAACCAUGAAGUAUCUUCAUAAAUACCUGCCAAUAACUUCGUGGCUUCCGAAGUACUCGUGGGAAAGCCUUCUGAGGGACAUCAUUGCUGGGUUGACUGUGGGAUUGAUGGUGGUUCCGCAAGGAUUAGCAUAUGCUACUAUAGCUGGGCUUCCCAUACAAUACGGUCUUUACACUUCUUAUAUGGGAUGUUUUGUGUAUUGUGUGUUUGGUGGCAGUAAAGAUAUCACUCUUGGUCCCACAGCCAUCAUGUCCCUAAUGGUUGAUCGCUUUGCCAAAGAACAACCUCUCUAUGCUAUAGCUCUGACUCUUUAUUGCGGCAUUGUCCAGCUUUUGAUGGGUCUUCUGCGACUAGGUUUCUUGGUUCGUUUUAUCUCUCUGCCAGUCAUAAGUGGCUUUGUGUCUGCUGCAGCUAUCAUAAUUGGCUUUGGCCAGGUGAAAUCAUUGUUAGGAUUAAAGAAAAUACCAAGAGAGUUUGAUAAAAAUGUGUAUGAAACAUUUAAGAACAUUGGAAAAACAAAUCUGUGGGACUUUUUGCUAGGGUCAUGCUGUAUUGUGAUAUUAUUAAUUUUAAAGAAACUGGGUCGAGUCAAGUGGCAGGAAGAGGAGGAUAUGACCAGAUUACAGCGAGGGUGCAGGAACUUCUUGUGGCUGGUUUCCAUUGCAAGAAAUGCCCUUGUUGUAAUUAUGGCAGCACUUAUUGUGGCAGCAGUAGAUUCUUCUGGACACACAGUCCCAUUUUCCAUGACAGCUGAAGUUCCUUCAGGAAUUCCGGAUUUUAAGGGGAAAUGCAUGGAACACUGUUCUCCAUUACCGGUGAAGGCGUUUGUGAAGAAGCGCUUUCCAAUCGCGUCUUGGCUGCCAGAAUAUAAUCUUAGGAAGCUACAGUGCGACGCGAUUGCCGGCUUAACUGUUGGUCUCAUGGUAGUUCCUCAAGGUCUUGCUUACGCUCAACUGGCCGGACUGCCACAACAAUACGGACUGUAUUCGGCGUUCAUGGGCUGUUUUCUUUACUGUAUUCUAGGCACGAGUAAAGAUAUUACUUUGGGUCCGACUGCGAUUAUGUCGCUCAUGGUAUCCGCCUACGGGAAACCCGAAAUACCUAAUUACGUUGUCGCUUUAACUUUAUAUACUGGAAUAAUCUUACUCGCUAUGGGCCUUCUUCGAUUGGGAUUCGUUGUAAAUUUUAUUUCGAUUCCAAUCGUGAGUGGGUUUACUUCCGCGGCGACCAUAAUCAUCGCGUUCAGUCAGCUGAAAGAUUUGUUUGGAUUACAAAAAAUUCCUCGUAAAUUUACACAGAACGUGUACUACACCUUCAAGAAUAUCGGUCAGACAAAGAAAUGGGAUGUAACAUUGGGGUUAAUAUGUAUAAUGAUUCUGAUAACCCUGAGGAAGGUUGGACGACUCGAGUGGGUGAGCCGCAAGGACUCGAGCGACUCCAGAUGGUUGAAGGCGGCAAAAAAGGCGGUUUGGCUGAUUUCAAUCAGUAGAAAUGCUCUCAUUAUUUUGAUCGCUGCAGUUGUUUCUUCGUCUCUCUAUCAGCAUGGCCAUAAAGAUAUUUUUACUUUGCCAUCGCGCAUUAAACCCGGUCUUCCACCUAUGCAGGCACCUGCUCUGAGCUUUCAAGUUGGCAAUGCCACAAGAAGUACUCUGGAGGUGUUUAAGGACCUGGGACCUGGUCUAGCUGUGGUUCCCCUUAUUGGCUUUCUUGAGAGCAUUGCAAUUGCCAAGGCUUUUGCUCGCAAGAAUCGCUACACAGUGGAUGCUAGCCAGGAGCUGAUUGCCCUUGGUGUUGCCAAUUGUCUCAGUUCAUUUGUAUCCUCCUAUCCAGUGACUGGAAGCUUCUCUAGGACUGCUGUGAAUGCUCAAAGUGGAGUGGCAACACCUGCAGGAGGGAUUUUCACAGGUGCCAUUGUUCUCUUAGCACUUGGGCUCCUGACAGACUCCUUCAAGUAUAUUCCAAAAGCAUCCCUUGCAGCACUGAUCAUGUCAUCAGUGGUAACCAUGAUUGAAUAUCACAUUGUGCCAAACAUCUGGAAAGUGCGGCGCAUAGACUUGGUGCCUUUGGCCAUCACCUUCUUUGGCUGCUUUUAUGACAUUGAAGUUGGAAUUUUGGUUGGUAUUGCAGUUGCAUUGUGCAUUCUCCUGUAUUACGUGGUCUGGCCCCCCAUUACCAGGGUCGCUAGAGGAGACUAUGUGCUUCUAAAAAUUAAUGGAAAUCUCAGCUAUCCUGGCGUCGAACAUCUGACCAAUGAGAUACAAGAAGUCACAGCUGCUGAACCUAGCCCACCUGGAAUUGUAAUUGAUUUUUCAGUGGUCACAAGCAUUGACUUCACAGUCACUCAAGCCCUUCUGACAAUUCUGGAAGAGAUGGAAAACAAGAGAAUUCCUAUGUUCUUCUCUGGUGUCCUGGACAGUGUGCGAAAUAUGAUGAUCUCCUCUGGGAUUGAUUCAGGCAUUAUUAAUCAAGGCACACAAGCUGUCAUUGACUCCAUUAAUUCUUUGGAAAUAGUUGAAAAUUAAAUCAAUAUUGAAGCAUCAUUUCUCUCAAUCCAGGGUAAUGAAGUUUUAGGAAACUAUUUUGCUUACAGAUUAGGCAAAUGAAACACCAAACUUUUGAUGGAUCCUUUAAAUGACAACGGCUGAUUUAUAACACUUUAUAUGGCAAGCUUUUAGGGGUAUCCAUUCACACAAAAUAUCACUGGAAUUACCAGCACAUUUAUUGGGUGAAAGGUUUCUGGGCCAUACAAGUUUGCAGUAUUGUUAGGAGACAUUUUGAUACUUUUUGAUGAUGAAGAGCAUACUUCUUUUUCUUAUUGUUGGAGCUCAAAUGUUCCUUACCUCAGACAAAUUUUCAAAUAUAGGUUCAUGUGUUAAUCCAUUUCUUUUUUUUUUUUUUUUGUCUUACCAAGAGAAAACAACUGCAAGUCUUCUACUAAGGGCAAGCUGAUUAGUUGUGUAAGUUGUUUAAAAGGACCACAAGAGUUUAAAAAUUUCAAAGUUUGUCAUUGUUUUGGAAAUGUAGAGGUUUCAUUGGUUUAGUUAACUAUUAAGUAGGUUAGUCGGAGUGAAAUAUAUUUAGAUCAUUGUUAAAUUUCAUUACAAAAACCCAGAAAAUUAUUCAUAAUGUUAUUUAAAGACAUAAUUUACCAAUGAUUUUGCUUUCAAUUCGACACAUAAGUUAUUUAAAAUAUAUGCCACUGUGCAGAAAGACAGAGUUGGUCUUUAGGUAUAAGAAGAUAAAACAAGCACCUCAAAAGACAAUGUGCUGAAAACUUGUCAACAGAUACUACAGAAAAUUUAGUAUGAAAGAAAAAAAUAAUAUCACAUAUUACAGUCAUUAAAAGGAAAAGAAUGGUAAUAAGCCCUGUACAAAAUGUUGAUUUGUGAAAAGUCAAAUUAAAACAGUGCAAUGUAUGAGCAAUUAUUAAAUC